AAAGAUGUGCGACUGUUACGCGGGAUUAUGACGUUACCCUCAGCUAACAUCAACUUUAUCAAUGUGGUUUUAUGAGUUCUCCAAAUAAAAUAAAUGUUUUAUGGCGUAUGUUUCCAAGAAGCACGUUGGCCGAUGUUAAGUUAUUACUUCAGUGAUGCCUCCAAACAUGGCUCAGAUCAGUGAUCCAAAGAUCGCUUUUGCCUAUUUACGUCCAAUCUGUGUCCGUCUGACACAAGAGCCUUCAGUGACUAAUGUUGAGACUCUGAGUGGUCAUUUAAAGGAGGUCAAUGAUGCUACCCUACAGCAGCUUCAAGAGUAUGUCCUCUUUCCUCUUCGCUUUGUCCUUAAAGUCCCUGGGCCUAAGAAGGACAAGUUGGUACAGGCCGUGGCUGAGGCCAUGAGCCACGUCCUGGAGAACACUUGUGUCCAGAGCUGGGAAACUUUGCACAACCUGUUUUCAGAGCUUUGCCUCUGCCUCUGCUCUCCAACUGAUCCUGGGAAACCUGCUGAUACAUCAGAAGAGCUCAAACUAGCCUUACUGAGAUGUUUGGAUGCCCUGCUUCAUGCAGCCUAUGGUGACAUAAUCUUCAAACUCUUUGAACCAACCAUGCUGCCAGGGCUGGGAGCUGGAGUAUCACUGCUGCUGGCUUUAGGUGAGAAGGAGAAAUCUCGGGAUAUCCAGGCUGCAGCGCUGAAAUGUAUACUGGCUUUAACUCUACAGUGUGACUGCGCUCAAGAGCACAUCGUUCCCCCCUUGAUGGAGCGACAUGCUGUGGGCAGCACCCUGGCUUCAUUUUUACCUGGAAUUACUUCAACUGCAACCAGAAUCAUCACAGGAGAUCUAAGACAAGGCCAUACAGUCACAGUCAGAGCCAUAAAGAUUUGGUCCAGGGCUGUGGGGCUUGUUUUGGAUGAUGCUGAGGUUCAGAAGACUAAGCCUCAAAAGAAUCCCUCAACAGAUCUGGGAAGGAUCGAAGAGCUGCUAAUUUCUCGAACACAAGAAUGGGUGAAAAGCACAGCUACCAAGCUUUCACUGCUGCUCAAGAAAAUCAUAUCGUGCACCUCCGCUCACAGACACUGGAGGGUCCGAUUAGAGCUGGUGGAACUGGUGGACCAUCUGCUGGCCAGGUGUAGUCACUCUCUAGGAGAAAGUGUGGGACUGCUGCUGGAAGCUCUGGUGGGAGCCAUCAAUGACGAAGAGCCUAGAGUUAAAAAUAGAUGUGAGGUUGCCUUAAGAGACAUAUCAGAAAGGAAUCAAAGCAGCAGCAGUGGUACUGAUGUUACCAGCAGUACUCACAACUUUACUGAUGUUCUCUCAGAGAACCUUCACUCUUUGGCCACCUCUUUGCCCAGACUGAUGAGAACGUCUGACGACCAGAAGAAACUGUUUGUCUUAAAUGUGUUUCUAGGAUAUUUGAAACUGUUGGGACCACUGGUCUCUGUGGUCCUGAACUCUGCUGCACAUCUGGAGAGGAUUUCCAAAGCACUGAUGCAGGUACUGGAGUUGGAUGUAAUGGAUGUUUGCAUCAUAGAAGAAAGAAGCUACGCCUCUGUCAUAGAAUCAACCUCAGAAUCUGCUGAUUUCCACACAGCUCACAUAAAGAGGAAACACUUUCUCUACUUUACCAAUGAGAAGAUCUUCUCUGUGCUCAUGGCUAUCUGUAGAACCUUAGGUUAUUUUGGUAACAUUUAUCUCCUGACAGAUCACUUUCUGGAUCUGUAUCGUCAGUCUUCAUUGUACAGAAAACAGGCUGCGAUGGUGCUGAAUGAAAUUGUCAAGGGAGCUGCAGGGAUGGAUGUGUCAGCAGAGAGUCAGGGUCUUCAGAGCGAGGAACACAGGAGCUCUGCUACUUCUACGGCAGACCUUGAAGCAGCAGUGUUGUCUGUCAUGGAAGAAUACAUCAGUCUGAACAACUGGCACCUGAUAACUGUCAAUGAGGAAACAGACAGUGAUCGACAGGAUCAACAGCUGCUGAAUCCUCCCACAGUCCACUCCAUAUCCAACAGUGACUACCGUAGUAAUAAAGCAAACUCUCUCCUAGUGGUUCCUUCCAUGUCUGGAUCUUCAUGUCCCUCUCCAGCCUCCUCCACCAUCCAUCAGCUCAACAGCAACAUCUGGCAGCUGUGUAUCCAACUGGAAGGCAUCGCCUGCUUUUCUCAGGCUCUAGGGCUGGAUUUCCAUCCCUUGUUGAUGACAUCACUUUACCCUGUGCUGGAAAAAGCAGGGGAGGAGACUCUGCUGGUAGCCCAGGCAGCAUUAGACUCCAUGUGGGUCAUGAGUAAAGCGUGUGGAUACCCAUCACCUAAGGAGCUGAUUAAUGAGAACUCAGACUACCUUCUGAAUGACAUCUCCCUCAACCUACAGAGGCUCAACCAGCACCCACAGGCUCCACGUGUCCUGACGGUGAUGCUGGCUCACUCUGACUGCAGCCUCCUCCCUCUGGUCAUGGACAUAGUUCAGGAUGUUCUGAUGGCUCUGGAUCUAAGCUAUGACCAGACAGCUGCCCUCUUCUGCUCUGUGCUACAUGCACUGAUGAAGGCAGUAGUGAGGUGGUUUCCUUCUCGUAACGUGAAGAACAAAGAGUCUGCUGGUCUUCACAAAAACUCCACUGACAAGGGACUCCUUGACAUCCGUAAAUUCCUACAAGAAUAUCGCAAAGAGAAGAAUCUUGCUGAAGGGAUUGGGAUAGAAGAGGACAACACUGAGGAUCUGGAACAUCCUUCAAACGUGGAGUGUGAGGAUCCUCCAGAUGAAGGUCCUGAUGUGAAACCAGAACUUCUCUCUCACCUCCAAAUCACCAAAGACAUAAUGGAACGCUGUAUCCAUCUUCUGUCUGAUCCAAGCCUCAGACUUAGACUCAAGGUACUGGACGUGCUGGAGCUCUGUGUGUGUGUACUGAGUGAGAAGGAGGACGAGCUGCUGCCUAUGGCCCAUCGCUGCUGGCCUGCUCUCCUGCAGAGACUGACGGCUGACGACCCGUUAGCUGUUCUCAGAGCCUUCAGAGUGCUGUGUACUCUGGGUGACACCUGUGGUGACUUCCUGAGAAGAAGAGUUUCAAAGGAGGUUCUCCCCAAGCUGAGUUCUUCACUGUUAGUACAGGCCCCCAUCAGUGCAAGGGCCGGACCCAUCUACGUCCAUACAUUAGCCUAUAAACUGCAGCUGGCUGUGUUGCAAGGGCUGGGCUCACUGUGCCAGAGGCUGGACUUAAGUGAAACAGAUCUGGAUGCUGUUAGUGAGGCCUGUCUGCCUUACCUGAGCUGUAGACAACCAAUCAGACUACAGGAGGCCUGCCUCAGCGUUUUCCGACACCUGAUCCAGCUGGACCCUGAUACCUUCUGGUUCACUCUGAAUGAGCUGCACUGUGCGUCUUCUCACACACCUCCUCACCCUGACCUGCAGCCAGUCCAGCUGAGAGGCUUGAACACACCCAGGGAUGAAUUCUCUGAUAAUGUCCUCAAACUGCUGGGGGAGGAGUUUGACUCAGCCGAGAAGAUCAGCUAUCAAGCUGGUGAUGGACGGCAGACGGUGAACUGAAUGAGAAUCUGACAAUUUUGCAGAAAGAAUCAGCCAUUAGCUGCAGCACAGAUGACCUCUGAUAAGCACUGAGUCAAAAAGAUAAAACAGGAGAAUGUCAGUGAAGCAUCUCCUCUGCAGCUGAUGUUCACACUCCUGCGGCAGGUGCAGGAACCAGGAGCACAUUUAAAAGACAGCUCUGCUGUUCCAGGAGUUGUGCAGCACCUUGCCGGAGGUUUUGUUUUUCGUUUUCCCCCGUCAAGAUAAGAGUGACCUGGACCAAAAAAGAAAAAUAUGCUUUUAUUCCUUAUUUUAGAAGUAACUUUUUUUCCUUAGGAUUGUUAUCUUUGAAUUAUUCAGGCUUCAGCUUCAGAGUUAAUCUGACUGAAAACAACGGAAAAAUAUAUCUGUGAACGGAAAUAAAAUGCUAUCAUGGGA